GGCACUCUAUGGAGAGGCCGCUAGGGCUCUUGUGGCAUAAAUGACGUGCCGGGAGAGCGGACGAGCGCGCAGCCGGGAGAGCCGAGUCUCCUGCCUCCCGCCCCCCACCCCUCCGGCGCCCGCUCCUCCUCCGCUCCCCGCACGCCGACACGCUCGCCGCCGCUCGGCCACUCGCGCUCGCAGAGCCGCGCGCGCUCGCCCGCUCCGCACACACGCUCCGCUCUCGCCCGCGCGCUCACACCCCUCUCGCCCGGCGCCCUCGCCGGUGCCGCGCCGCAGCCGCAGCCGGACGCCCCUCCGGGGCUCGCUCGGCGGCGCCGACCCAGCCGGCGGCGGACGUGGGAGCUCGGCCGCGUCGUCCCCCCCGGGUGGCGGCGGCCGGAGACUGGACGCCGGCGGCAGCUCUCCCAUGAGUUGGGAUCGCAGCAUCCCCCGCCAGCCGCUCCGCGCCCCCGCCAGCCGCCGGGCUCGGGCCCCGCAGCCCUUCCAGGACAGCGGCUGCCACUCUGCCCCCGCUCCGGAUCUCUAGAAACUCGCUCUAAAGACGGAACCGCCACAGCACCCAAAGCCCACUGUGGGAGAGCGCAGCCCGACCAGCCCGGGCGCCGAGCCUGGACCCUCCACAGAGCGGGGCAGCACCGCGGCUGCUGCAUCUAACCCGACGCCCCCGCCUCCUACCCUCUCAGCAUCCGCUGGAGAGACCCCCAGCCCCACCAUUCAGCGCGCAAGAUACCCUCCAGAUAUGCCCUGCGUGCAAGCCCAAUAUAGCCCUUCGCCUCCGGGGUCCACUUACGCCACGCAGACUUAUGGCUCGGAGUACAGCACAGAAAUCAUGAACCCCGACUACACCAAGCUGACCAUGGACCUCGGCAGCACGGGGAUCAUGGCCACCGCCACGACAUCCCUGCCCAGCUUCAGCACCUUCAUGGAGGGCUACCCCAGCAGCUGCGAACUCAAACCCUCCUGCCUGUACCAAAUGCCGCCUUCCGGGCCCCGGCCUUUGAUCAAGAUGGAAGAGGGCCGCGAGCAUGGCUACCACCACCACCACCACCACCACCACCAUCACCAUCACCACCAGCAGCAGCAGCAACCGUCCAUUCCUCCUCCCUCGGGCCCCGAGGACGAGGUACUGCCCAGCACCUCGAUGUACUUCAAGCAGUCUCCGCCGUCCACGCCGACCACACCAGGCUUCCCCCCUCAGGCGGGGGCGCUGUGGGACGACGAGCUUCCCUCGGCGCCCGGCUGCAUCGCCCCGGGGACGCUGCUGGACCCGCAGAUGAAGGCGGUGCCCCCGAUGGCCGCCGCGCGCUUCCCGCUCUUCUUCAAACCCUCUCCGCCCCACCCCCCCGCGCCCAGCCCAGCCGGAGGCCACCACCUCGGCUACGACCCCGCCGCCGCGGCCGCGCUCAGCCUGCCCCUCGGAGCCGCGGCCGCCGCGGGCAGCCAAGCUGCGGCGCUCGAGGGCCACCCCUACGGGCUCCCGCUGGCCAAGAGGACGGCCACGCUGACCUUCCCGCCGCUGGGCCUCACCGCCUCCCCCACCGCGUCCAGCCUCCUGGGAGAGAGCCCCAGCCUGCCGUCGCCCCCCAACAGAGGCUCCUCGUCGGGCGAGGGCAUGUGUGCGGUGUGCGGGGACAACGCUGCCUGCCAGCACUACGGGGUGCGCACCUGCGAGGGCUGCAAGGGCUUCUUCAAGAGGACGGUGCAGAAAAAUGCAAAAUAUGUUUGCCUGGCAAAUAAAAACUGCCCAGUAGACAAGAGACGUCGAAAUCGAUGUCAGUACUGCAGAUUUCAGAAGUGUCUCAGUGUCGGGAUGGUUAAGGAAGUUGUGCGUACAGAUAGUUUGAAAGGGAGGAGAGGUCGGCUGCCUUCCAAACCAAAGAGCCCAGUUCAGCAGGAGCCCUCGCAGCCUUCCCCACCGUCGCCUCCGAUCUGUAUGAUGAAUGCCCUCGUCCGAGCUUUAACAGAUGCCACGCCCAGAGAUCUUGAUUAUUCCAGAUACUGUCCCAGCGACCAGGCCACGGCAGGCACCGACGCCGAGCACGUGCAGCAGUUCUACAACCUUCUGACCGCCUCCAUCGACGUGUCCAGAAGCUGGGCCGAGAAGAUCCCGGGAUUCACUGAUCUCCCCAGAGAAGAUCAGACGUUACUUAUAGAAUCAGCCUUUUUGGAGCUGUUUGUUCUUAGACUUUCCAUCAGGUCAAACACUGCUGAAGAUAAGUUUGUGUUCUGCAAUGGACUUGUCCUGCAUCGACUUCAGUGCCUUCGUGGAUUUGGGGAGUGGCUCGACUCCAUUAAAGACUUUUCUUUAAAUUUGCAGAGCCUGAACCUUGAUAUCCAAGCCUUAGCCUGCCUGUCAGCACUGAGCAUGAUCACAGAGCGACAUGGGUUAAAAGAACCAAAGAGAGUGGAGGAGCUAUGCAACAAGAUCACAAGCAGCUUAAAGGACCACCAGAGGAAGGGACAGGCUCUGGAGCCCGCCGAGCCCAAGGUCCUGAGAGCACUGGUGGAACUGAGGAAGAUUUGCACCCAGGGCCUCCAGCGCAUCUUCUACCUGAAGCUGGAGGACUUGGUGUCCCCACCCUCAGUCAUCGACAAGCUCUUCCAUGACACCCUGCCUUUCUGAGCAGGGCGAGCGUGAGAGCAGGGAGCCACUUGCUCUGCUGGUACCUGAGCACUCGGCGAGCAGAGGGAUGGCUCUGAGCACCUGCCACUCUGUCCUUCCUUCAGGGGAAAAGAAGCUCCCAUAGAAAGCAAGGACUUUUUUUUUUCCUGGCACCUUUCUUUCCAGCCUAAAGCCAGAAACCUUGCAGAGUAACGUGUUGGGGUUGUGUUUUAUAUUUAGGCUUCGGUGGGUGGGGUGGGGUGAAAUAGUUCAUGAAGCUUUUCUAAGAAAUUGCUGACAAGGCACUUUUGGAUGAUGCUAUCCCAGCAGGGAGGAGGAAAGGAUAAUACAACUGUUUAAAAAAAACACACACACAAAACAAAACAAAACAACACUUUCUGGGGAAUACGAUUAUGGUUGCUUUCUACUUAAAAAUAAGAGCAGCCAAGGGCUGUUCACCAGGGUAGGCCGUGUCUUAAGACUGAUCCCUUUAGGAUAUACUUCCUGUGUUGAGGGUACAUACAUUGUGCAAACAAGGCAGAAAAUUUCCUUUUCGUUUAUAUAUUCUUCUUUUUAAAAAAAAAAUGGCAAAAGAUGGAAGAUUAUCUAUAAAUCAGACUUAGCAAAAUAAUGAUGGCUGUUUGCUUCCAUGUACAAGUGCAAUUUUUUUAAAGUGCUGUCUUACUAAGUCUUGUUUGUGAACUCUCUCUUAUUUCAUGUGAAAAUAAGAAGGAGGCAGUCAUGUUAGCAAAUGACACGCUCAUUUUCCUAGCAAAGGCUUGAUCCACCUGCCCAGUAGAACCCUUUGGAAGUAUGGCCCUUCUGAGACUUUCAGGCCAUUCGCGAUGGAGCUCAGCCCCUGUGACCAUCCAGCUGUCCUGAAGGGGGAUCAGCUUAUAAAACGGAUUGCAUACAACUGCGUUCUCUGUGUUUUAUCAACCUGGACAGAGCUCUCUAAACCUGCUUCAGUUGUAGCAACUUCCUGAGUCACCCGUUCAGAAGUCCAAGCAGUGUCGGGGGAACCAAUCAACUGUUGGCUUCCCCACGUGGAGAACGUGCAAAUAAAUAGGAACUGGGUCAUACAGGGUAAGCACCAGAGAUGAUAAGGAUUUAUAUAUAUAUAUAUAUAUACAUACAUAAUUUAAUUUUUUAGUUAUUGGUUAGAGACAAUUUUGGAAAGCAAGCAAAUCAUCUUUAAAAAAAAAAAAACCAUAGUAUUAAUGUGAGUACUAGAAAAGAUUCGUGGGUUGCGGUUCAACAUUCCGUGUUUGUGCCCCUUUUAUAUGUUUCUACUGUUGAUGCCAUAUUAUUAUGAAAUAAUUUGUUGCCUAGUGUCCUUAUUUGUAUGAACAUUUGUAUGCACGUUAUAUUGUAAUAGCUUUGCCUGUAUUUAUUGCAAGACCACCAGCUCCUGGAGGCUGAGUUACAGAAUAAUCAAAUGGGGUGUUUGUGGUGACUUGAAUACACCAAUUAGAAAUUAAAUAAGCAUAUAUAUAUAUAAACAUAGCAGGUUACAUAUAUAUUUAUAAUGUGUCUUUUUAUUAACCAUUUGUACAAUAAACGUCAUUUCUGCGCGCCGUUAUUUUAUCCUUCAUUUGCAGUGACCUUUAAGGCAGCACUGUUUAGCACUUUGAUAUGAAAUUUUUGUUUAUGUUUUGCUAAAUUCAAAUAAUGUUUGAAGAUUUUUAGGUCUAAAAAUCUUUAUAUUAUAUACUCUGUAUCAAGUCAAGAUACCUUUGGCCGUUUUGCUAAGACUCAAACUUUGAAUGUCAAACUGAUGUCACAGUAGCUUUUGUUAGCUUUAAAUCAUUUUUUGCUUUAGUCUUUUAAAAAAAAUAACAAAACUAUACUGUUUAUAUUGUCAUUAAAUUAUACAAUCAAACAAAUGCCAAAUGAAUUGCCUAAUUGCUGCAAAGUAUAACCCAGAUAGCAAAUCAUAUCCUUUCCUUUCCUUUUUUUUUUUUUGUGCAAAUCAUUUGGAUAUUUGAUAAUGUGUUUUGUUUGUGUGAGAUUUUAUGAUAUUACUUUCUAUCAAGAUGACAGGGCCUGGAAUGUUAAGAUUUUGAGCCUCAGACUUGGAAGGGGGGCCCGGCUCAUCAUCUGAUCAGAUCUCCUGAAGUUCACAGUGAAAAACUGGGGCCUGUUGCAGGGCAAACAGCUGCAGUUAGACUAGGACUCAAUUCACCUUUCUUUAGCCUUCCCCUACAACUCACUCUCACUGCAUCUAUAGUAAAAUAGGCUUUUACACAUAGUCACUCAUAUUAACAUUUUACCUGCAGACAGCCUUGAAUAAAGUAGUACUUUGGCAUUAAUUUGUUGAGCUUAUAUGCAAACAUAAUAAACAUUAUUAAAUAUCAGGAAAGCUAACAUUUCACAUGAGAUCGCUUCAGACCAAAUUCAAAUUGAAUUUGAAUAAAUUAGAAGUACUGAGCGUACAUAACCUUCUUGUGCACUUUGAGUAUUCAAAAGUUAAUCCUCGUUUUUUUUUGUUUUUUUUUUUUUUUUUGUCCUGUCUGAAAAGCAAAGCAGAACAGCAGCACAGUGCUCUAGGGAGAUGCUGUUCCUUUUUUUGUCUUCACAUCACCAGACUGAAAGGAAAGGACUGUCUGGGCAUCAUAUCUGCUGGUUUGAAGAGAUGACGGAGCUGUUUUAGUUACAGGGCCAGACACUAGUGCUAAAAGGAAAGCCUCUACAGCCAGUGUUCUUCCGUCUUCCAUAGUUGUCACAACUAUGAGAGCCUCUCAAGUCACCUAGCUGUUCAGUUUUUAGUGUUGGCACACAAGAGCACACACAGUGGCUGGCACACUAGCCCUGAAGAGGACAAGCAUUAAAGAAGGUGGCCCGCCCCUCGAGGGAGGGCUCUCUCAGUGUGAAAUCAGGAACCCACGCACUGUUCUCGGAGAGUGCCUUGCUUUUGUUUCAAAUGGCAGAGUUUCCCAAGCCCAGCUCCUCCAACAGCAUUGCUUUUCAGUGUGUGUUAACCUGUGGUUUGAAAGAAAUGCUCUUGUACAUUAACAAUGUAAAUUUAAAUCAUUAAAUUAAAUUACAUUUUA